AAAGAAUAUACCUCGGCUGGGAGAAACCAGAGCCUGCGCGUGGAGAAUGCUGUGCUAUUACAGACGUCUGCUGAAGCUGCUCAAGGAAGCGCCUCAACGCCCUCUCUUCACCUCAGCACCAAACCGUUGAUGGACAUCAGCCCAAGGAACUGUGCAGGCAGGGACUUUGGCCUGCAGAACGAGAGCGCUUGCAUCGUGCUUGGUUGUUUAGACAGGACGACUCGACCUGCUCUCCUUUUUACAGUCCUCCCAAGGAGAACAAGUGGGGUGGGAGGGCUUUGGACUCCUGAAUAACAUCUGACGACAGAAGCAACAAUGGGAAAGAAGAAGCCAGGGCGGAAGGCUAGAGGGGGGGAUGAUGCUGAUGAUGAGGCAUCCAGCUUUGCAUCUAGCGCUGCGACGCUGUCUGACUUUGGAGGACCUGAUGGGGAGGAUGUGUAUAGAGACGAGAGCUCCGCACUGGACGACCUAAUCGACACUUUGUAUGAGAAGCGGGCCACGACGCGGGAGACUGGGCUGAAGGGCCUCAUUGCAGCUCUGACUCGGGACAUGCUCGCAGACGCUGUGGAGUCAAAGCUAGAAACCCUGCUACAGCAACUCAUCUCCGGCGUGAAAAAGGGCGCCGCCGCAGAGUCAGCGUUGGCGUCCCGGGCCAUUGGCAUCCUUGCGAUCACAAUGGGGGCGGGGGGGGACUCUGAGCAUAUUUGGCAGGAGGCGGGGCCGCAUCUCACAAAGCUGGCGAAGCAGGGUAGUGCGCAGGCGCCUCGGAUUGCGGCCCUGGAAUCGCUCGCAGUGACGUGCUUUGUGGGGGCGCAGGAUGCGGGGGAUACAGAAAGGGCCAUGACGACGUGCUGGCAGAUUGCGGGGCACCGGGGAAACGCGGCGGGGGAGCAGAAGGUUGGUGCGAGCGCCCCCUCUCCGGCCCUAAAGGCUGCGGCCCUCAGCUCGUGGAGCCUCCUCCUGUCCAGCCUCCCCACCGGCCGCCUCGAGUCCCAGGGGGUCGAGGCCAAAGUCCCCGUCCUCGCGCGCCUGCUCAAAGACGCUGACCUCAGCGUGCGCACGGCGGCUGGCGAAACCAUUGCUCUGCUUCUGGAGGCGGGCGCGACGGACUCUCUCGAUGACGCGGACGUUUCGUCACCCGACGAAGAUUCGGACAGCGAAGAGGGGUACGUUCCGCGCGCGGAGGAGUUCCAGGGAAAGCUCAAGGGGGGGGUCCGGCCGCCAGGCGCAAAGGACCCCCUGCAAGGAGUGCGGAACGGCGGGGGAAGCGAUAGCCGCCAGUCGAGCCCGUCGAAACGGCCACUGGGGGAUCGGCAAGAGGAUCUUGUGGAGGAGAUUCGGCUGAUGAGCGUACAAGCUAGGAAGAAAGAUAGUAAGCGUGAGCGGGCCGCUCAGAAGAAUAGCUUUCGGGAGUUGCUGGCGUCGAUCGAGGAGGGGGGGUGCGCGGAGACGACGAUCAAGCUGCGGCACGGGGACCGGCUGACGGUGGGCACGUGGGAGGGGACGGUGCAGCUGAACGCGAUAAGGAAGAUGCUCGGGGAGGGCUUUCAGCGACACUUGCAGGAGAACCCCCUGCUGCACCAGGUGUUUGAGUUCCAGCCCCGGCAGGAGGCGGCGCAACGGCUGCAAGGCGUCGACAAGCGGCUGAUGCGGUCGCCCAACUCCGCCAUGAGCAAGUGGCGCACGCAGGCUAUGAACCGGCGACGCUCGAACGCGGCGGUUGGAAGUGUUGGCCAUUAUGGUGACGAAGACGACUGAUUGCUCAGUGGCACCGCAGCGUCUGUACAAUAGCCCUAUCAAAUCUAGUCUUGCAAAGCCAGUUCGUUGACUGAUCAGGCCCUUCAACGCCGCAACUUAGGUUGUCGUUCAAAAACGAAACACGAUGUCCUUGAGACACUUUGGCCGCGCCAUCUUGCAACAGUCUGCUGGCCGCCUUCUUUGAGAAAGCCGCUUUGCUCUGUAAGGGGGGGUUCUUUCCUUCUGGCAGUGCUGGUUCCACUAGCACGGAAGCUACAGCAACCCAAAAAGAGAGCUACAAACAUUCUGACGCUUCACUACGAUAGACAACAACGAGACACAAUCACUGUAGCGAGAAUCAGACGAAAAGUUGCUCUUGGUCCAAGCGCAUCGUGCAAACAAACGCCACCAGCUCCUCCCCAAGGAGCGCCGAUUUGCGGAGUUCCGGACGCCCCUGCACGUAAUAUGUUCCUG